AUGGUGUAUGAUCUUGACCAGGAAGGCAAAAGAGGCCCCAACCCAGCCCUGUGGUGGGUGAACAGCCAAGGAGACGAAGUGAAGUGGAGUUUCAGAGAGCUGACAGACUUCACCUGUCGUGCUGCCAACGUCUUCACGCAGACCUGUGGCCUGCAGCAGGGAGACCGUCUCGCCUUGAUUCUGCCUCGAGUGCCUGAGUGGUGGCUGGUGACCAUGGGCUGCAUCCGAACAGGGAUUAUCUUCAUGCCAGGGACAACCCAGAUGAAGGCCAAGGACAUUCUCUACCGACUGAAGGAGUCUAACGCCAAGAGCAUCGUGACCACAGAUGCCCUCGCCCCGGAGGUGGACUCUGUGGCUUCUAAGUGUCCCGCUCUGAAAACCAAGCUCCUGGUGUCUGACCACAGCCGUGAGGGGUGGCUGGACUUCCGAUCUCUGAUUAAGUCAGCAUCCCCAGAUCACACCUGCAUUAAGUCAAAGACCACGGACCCAAUGGUCAUCUUCUUCACCAGUGGCACCACCGGCUUCCCCAAGAUGGCAAAACACAGCCAUGGACUUUCCUUGCGGCACUCCUUCCCUUCAUGCAGGAAAUUACUGCAGCUGAAGGCCGCUGAUGUCUUCUGGUGCAUGUCAGAUCCAGGCUGGAUUGUGGCUAUCAUGGGGACCCUGUUUGAACCAUGGACAGCAGGGUCUACAGUCUUCAUCCAUCAUCUGCCUCAGUUUGACCCUAAGGUCAUUGUAGAGACACUCUUUAAAUACCCCAUCACCCAGUACUUUGCUGCACCCUCUGUAUUUCGAAUGAUUCUGCAGGAGAAUUUUAGCAGCCUCAGGUUCCCCACUCUGGAGCAUUGCUCUGCUGCCGGAGAGGCUGUGCUGCCUGAGGAGCAAGAGAAGUGGAGAGAACGGACGGGCCUUCUGAUCCACCAAAUCUAUGGACAGUCGGAAACGGGAUUCACAUGUGGCACUGCCCGGGGGUCACAGGUCAAGCCCGGUUCCAUGGGGAAAGCCAUCCCACCCUUCGACGUCCAGAUCAUCGACGACAAGGGCAACAUCCUGCCGCCCAACACUGAAGGCAACCUUGGCAUCAGGAUCAAGCCCACCAAGCCCAUCGGCCUGUUCAUGUUGUAUGAGGUGAGGGCGCCCCGCCUGCAGCUCCUGGCCCAUGCACCCCUGUAA